AUGGCGGUUCAGGAUCCAACUCUCACGGACCUGGUUUUGGAGGUGGCGGUUCAAGCUCUGGUUUCUAGGGCCAGGGCAAUCAAGCUUAAAAUGUCAGGUCAUAAAGACACCAUUACGGUGCAUGGUGAUAGGAAGCUUGCUCUGGAUUGUGAAGAAGGUGAUGCCGCGUAUGCCGAGUCGGCUUGUGCCACAGAGGAGUUAAAGUUUUAUAAAGAUAACAUUGACCCAGCAGAUGUUUGCUCGGCCUGGUUCAGCUUGUUGAAGUGUGGCCAUCAAUUUUGGAGGAGGAAGAGAAGGAAGAAAGAGAAGGCAAAACAAAAGAAGGAAGAAAAGGCAAAUCUCACAGAACAGGAGGCUGGUGAAGAAUAUUUGGCUUUAAAGGAAAUGACUGGGCCUACUGCUAGGCAAGAAGAAGAAAUGAUAUUAGCAAAACAACAUGACCAGGAGCAGCUCUGUAAUAUCAGUCGAACAUUGGCUGUGCUGGCAUCUGCAUCGUCUGUUAGCAAGGAGCGUCAAGAGUUCCUGAGCCUUGUCAACAAGGAGAUAAAACUAUGUAACUCCAUGCUUGGAAGAGAAGACACAGAGGGGGCAGAAGAAGCUAAGAAGGCAUAUAUGGCUGCUAGAGAGGAGUCAGACGACAUCACCGAGGUUGCUUCAGAGGAAAAAGUCUUGUCAGCGCUGAUUGACAAGGUUGAUGCUACGCUUCUUGAAUUGGAAAAAGAGAUUGAUGAUGUGGAUCCACAAAUCAGAAACCGCUGGCAACUGCUUGAUAGGCUGCCAACGAAUUGGAAAGGCCAAGAUGGAGGAGCAAUCAUCAAGCCACCCUCUCAUCAGGUGGUGGAAUGCCUGCCUGGUGGCUUCCCAUUCAUUCCCAUGAGUCAUCAUGUUCAACUUGUUAAUGAGUUGAUCCUGCAAGCCAAUGAAGAUUCAGACGAUGAAGUUGCUCUGGAGGCUUGUGACUCUGGUUUGCGUUCUGUUAACAUGCAAAAUGUGGCUCAGGCAGGUGAUGUCCGGAAGGAGCAGGAAGCUGCUGUAUUGGUGCUGCUAUAGCAGAGGGAUCCUGUAACACCCUUUCUCACAUAUACUGUACUAGAUGCGAUUGAUGCCUUGAAGAAAGGCAGCUCCCCCUUGGAUGGUGCAGUGCAGCAAAUCAAAGUUGAUUAAUUCAUUCUUCAGCUUCUGCUAGCAAUGCUUGGAGGAAUCAGCUUGUCAAGACCACGAGGCACACAAGGUGGAGAGCCCUCCCUUCUCCAUUACUGCUCCUCACUCAAGCUUCUUGAGCUUCUCUUGCUCAUCCAAGAUGUGCGAGAGAAGGAAUGGGGAGUGGAGAGCAGCAUCCCCCACUGACGCGCGGGACCCCUUCCUUCCUUUCUUCACCGCGAUGGGGAGAGCAGCCGCCGCUGCCUUGCAGGCCACGGCAGCGAGGAGGCGAGACGGCCCGCUACACCAGCUUCCUCGAGGAACCCAUGGGCCCGCCGCUCGGGACGAUGACGGGUGGGUCCUCCCGUUCGAACCCGCGGCCUCCCGCUCGCUCCCUCCCGCCGGCGACGGGAGGAAGCGGCUGACAGGUCGCCAUGGCUGCACUCAUUCGUGGUGCUCGGGCUGGGCGCGGCGGCCCAGGCCGCGCUCAGGGACGGCAGAGGGGGCGCGUCGUCGACGACGUGCCUGCACAGGUUAUUGGUCCUUUAGGCAACCAGUGGUUGUACUGGCAGGGCGGAAAUGCGAAUGUCUCCAGGGAGCCAACCAAGGCUGAGAUCAAGGAGCAGCUCAUGUUCCAAAGGCUGGAGUCCUCUCCCAAAGUUGCUCCUGAGGAGCUCUUGAUUUAUGCUGUCACAGAUGCUCUUGCCCGUCAGCCUCAACCCAUUGUUGAUAUGCUGAACGCGAUUGUGGUCAGAUACAAUAGAAUGGGAGAUAUGCGGCGCCAAUACUUGUUUAAGAAGAUCGAAGGUUUUCAAGGAAAAGAGAUGUUUCAGAUGUUGAAGAAAUUACAGGAGGACACGGAAGAAGUUGAAGGUAGAAUAGAAGAUGUAAGAAGCGCUGGAGGCUUCUGCCCCCCAUUACCUUGAGGUCUUUGUUGAACUUCCAAAGUUAAUAUGACAGGUACUUAAUGCUUGCUAGAAGAAACAGUGUUUGAUCCUGAAAAAUCAUGCCGAAGGUGGUGACAGCAGAGGUGACGGUACAGCAAGGAUGAUAGGACACUGCGUAGUUGGAUGUGAUAGGAUACAAUGUGUAGUUGGAUGAGGUACAGCAAGGAUGAUAGGAACAAUGUGUAGCUGGAUAAGCUACAGCAAGGAUGAAACGAUCAAAUGUGUAGUUGGCGGCAAACUGCCCUUAGGUUAUACUCCCUCUGUUCCGAUUUACUCGUCGCCCUUAGGUUACAAGAAUGAACAAGAUGAUAAACCGCUUUUCAGGAUUCGUGUGAGGCUACAAGAAUGAACUCCACUUGAGGAUUUCUGCUCUGUUGGUUUCUGUACAGUUAGUAUCUGCCGUGUUAACAUUGUUGGUGCGGAAAUGAGAUAAACCAACCUGGUCUGGUGAUCUGUUGUUGUUUUGCUUUA